UGGAACAAGCCAUGCAAAGAUCUUUUGCGGACAGGAGGUUUUUCAAAUUAUAUUUUUGCGGUGAAAAGGCCGGUGCAGCAAUAGCAACUUGAUGCCCAGUUUUUGGCAAUAGUUUCUUCAAUAAAUAUCCAUCAAAACCUAACGCAUAUCGAUCUAUUUAGUGAUUUAUUAUCACCUAAGGCAAAGAGUAAAAAGUUUCUAUUCCAUGCUAUGAUUACAUUAUCGCAACAGGUAUCACAUUGUCACUUUGUUCGCUCGAUUGCACUGUGAAAAACAACAGUGAAUAAACGAGAUUUCUUAUUUUCCUACUGGCUGAACUUGUAUUAUAAAGAUUGUUAGGAAAAUUAUAAAGAUGAAAUCGUGUAUUGUAUAUGUAGCGCUGGCUGUUCUUCUCGCUGAUUUCAUAGAUGCAAAAUCACUAAAAACAAAUAUCUUCAGAGAACGACGAUUUUCUCCAAUGCUAAACCAACAAUCCGGUAGCAGUGCGUUGACUGAGUCGGGGCCACAAAAGGGAUGCCCAGCAAUGUGUGUGAGGUGGAAUACGGUGCUGAAAGAAAAUGGUCAGCUAGAGAAUACCCCUGUUGUUACAUCACCCUUAGUCCCAGGAGACACAAUCACACAGUGUCCAAAGCAAUGUGAUCCGAGGUGUUGUAGUAUGACUAAUGACGGAUAUUCUCACCCGGAUCAAUCGCAGGGUAUGGGAGGUUUGCAAUCUGGUCCACAAGAUGAUCCAAAACAUCCACCAGCUUGCCCAAUAGGUUGUCCAAAAGCAUGUUAUCCCGCCUGCAGACCUGGUUGUUGUAAUCCAUCAUCACCCAUGUCAAUGUACCAACAAGGUAUGGCGCAACAGACGCCAAUGUUUCAACCAAUGCCUCAGCCAUAUGUCCAAGAACCUGUCAGACAAACAAGAGGAAGAAUCCCUAACCAAGCCUUGUUUUCUUAUCCUUCGCAAAAUGUUCAAAUCCCUUCUCAACCGCGUGAUAUCAUUUCAUAUGCAGACCAACAGGCAAAUCCUGUCAGGUCCAUCUCCUAUCCUAUGGUACAAUAUAACCCACAACCAGAAAUGCGGCCACAAACACGUGCAAGAAUUCCACAACCAUUCUCGCCGUACGCUGAACAACAAUCAUAUGCUCCACAACAAUCCAUAAAUCAACGCUCCAAAGUCCCAAAAACUACCAUUGCCGCACAUGCAGCAACUUGUGCUAUCCCAUGUUCACCCAUAUGUGCACCACAUUGUACAAAGCAUUGUUGUGAAUCAUAUGACUGACAUUCAAAACGAUUAAAUAUUUCUAAAAUUAAAAUGAACUGAUCGAUUGGGAAUGGGGUUGUAAAAUAUUUGUAUAGUAAAAUAUGUAGAGCAUGACAUUUUUGGGGUUCAACAAUAAUUAAAAAAUU